AGUUUAUGAUCAGCAGUAACUUAGAUAUAAGAGUUCAGCUAACGAGGGGACUUGGAUUGUUUAUAUGUUAGCUAGCUAACAGUAUAGCUAUGGAUCAAGACAGCUAAGUUAGCGUUGACGUUUCGUUUCAGAACAUCUCAUCUUUAAGUGACACUCUUUACAAUGAAACGAUGGCUGCUUGUCACAACAUGUAGACGAUUUGUAAAGCUCUGUAGUUAAAUUCACGUCGAUGUUGAAGGAAGAGAGAAGAGAAUGGAGAAUGGAAGAGCCCAGUUUCCAUUUCCCUACCAGCCCUAUGACAUCCAGGAGCAGUUCAUGCAAGCCCUGUACAGUGCACUUGACCAGGGCAAAGUUGGCAUCUUUGAAAGUCCAACUGGAACGGGCAAGUCUCUGAGUCUGAUAUGUGGAGCGCUGAGCUGGCUGUCAGACCAUGAAGAGAGGAGGAGACAGGAGGCCGCUGCUCUGCUGCAGGAAGGAGAGGCAGCUCUUUCCACCUGCACCUCUCAGCCCUCAGCCAGCAGCUCCUCCUCAGAGCCGGACUGGAUCACUGACUUUGUUCAGAAAAAGGCUGAACGAGAUUUGGUGUCAAAGUUGAAGGAGGAAGAGUUGAAAAGAAAGAAGAGGGAGGAACGAUUGGAAAUGAUCAGAAACAACGUUCAGCUGAAGUAUGCGAUGAAGAGAAAGAGCUCUGAAGAUGAUGAGGCAUUCAAGUUGCUCCAGCUCAGUAAAGAGGAACAACCUGAGAUGCGAGGAGAUCAAGAGGACGAGGAGCUUAUCGUCGCAGAAUAUGAGAGCGACGACGAAUCAAAGACCAGGAGCAGGUUUUGUGCUGCUGAGGAGGACACAGAUGAUGACCUGGUCGAGGAACAUGUCACUAAGAUUUACUACUGCAGUCGCACUCACUCCCAGCUGGCCCAGUUUGUCCACGAGGUUCAAAAGAGUCUGUUCAGCAAGGACGUCAGUGUGGUCACUCUGGGCUCACGGCAGAAUCUGUGUGUCAACGAGGAGGUGCGUCGCCUGGGCAGCAUCCAGCGCAUUAACGACCGCUGCAUGGAGAUGCAGAAAAACAAACAUGAGAAGCAUCAUGACGAAGAGGGGGUGAAACGUAAGCGUGGCCCAGCAAAGACUGUGUGUCCCUUCAACAAAGCUUCAGCACUGCAGCAGAUGAGGGACGACCUUCUGGGGACAGUCCAUGAUAUAGAACAGCUGCUGAAACUGGGCCGCGAAACACACUCGUGUCCUUACUACGCCACGCGUCUUGCUAUUCCACCUGCACAGUUGGUGGUGUUGCCCUAUCAGAUGUUGCUUCAUGAAGCUACAAGAAGAGCAGCAGGAGUCCAACUGAAGGGACAGGUGGUGAUCAUCGAUGAAGCUCACAAUCUUAGUGACACUCUCUCCUGUAUACACAGUGCAGAGCUCACUGGAGCGCAGCUUUGCCGUACCCACUCUCAGCUCAGCCAGUACGCCGACCGCUAUAAGAGCCGACUGAAGGCAAAGAACCUGAUGUACAUCAAACAGAUCCUGUUUGUGAUCGAGGGGCUUGUCCGCGUGCUGGGAGGUAAGGUGGGGCAGAAUCCACAGAGCCAGACGACGACACAAACGGGUACCGAAAUGCUCACCAUCAACAACUUCCUGUUCAAGGCUCAGAUUGACAACAUCAACUUGUUUAAGUUACAGAGGUACUUCGAGAAGAGCAUGAUCAGCAGAAAACUGGGAGGCUUUGUGGAGAAGUACGCUGGGUCAGGCGUGAGUCUCCACGUUCAGAGUGGCUCCAACAAGGAGAACCGACGCACCGAGGGCUUAAACCGCUACCUUCAGACGCUACAGAGCAACCAGGGCGCUGCGACAGUGUCUCCAGCGGACCAGCAGGGGUCUUCAGAGGCAGAGAAAGUUCUGUCUGCGUCUCCCAUGAUGCAGGUGGAGGGUUUCUUCAUGGCUCUCACCAACAGCAACACUGAUGGCAGAGUGGUGGUGCACAGACAAGGCACUUUGUCGGAGAGCAGCGUCAAGUUUCUCCUGUUGAAUCCGGCGGUCCACUUCGCCCAGGUGCUGAAGGAGUGCAGGGCGGUCAUCAUCGCAGGAGGAACCAUGCAGCCUGUUUCAGACUUCAAACAGGAGCUGCUGUUCUCCGCCGGAGUGGGAGAGGAGCGCAUCACUGAGUUUUCCUGUGGUCACGUGAUUCCUCCCGAGAACAUUCUUCCUCUCGUCUUGUGCAGCGGUCCGUCUGGUCAGGAGCUGGAUUUCACUUUCCAAAACAGAGACUCUCCCCGCAUGAUGGACGAGACUGGGCGCAUUCUGUCCAACAUUUGUAACGUGGUCCCGGGCGGGGUGGUGUGCUUCUUCCCUUCUUACGAGUACUCACGGCGGAUCAUUUCUCACUGGGAGGCCAGCGGUGCGCUGACUCGUCUGGCUAACAAGAAGAAGAUAUUCCAGGAGCCGAAAAAAGCCAACCAAGUCGAGCAGGUGCUGAGCGAGUUCUCCCGCUGUAUCCAGAGAUGUGCUGCUGACAGUAGCAGUACCCUCACGGGAGCGUUGCUGUUCUCUGUGGUCGGAGGAAAAAUGAGUGAGGGCAUCAACUUCUCCGAUGACCUGGGCAGGUGUGUGGUGAUGGUGGGGAUGCCGUACCCCAACAUCAAGUCCCCGGAGCUGCAGGAGAAGAUGUCGUAUCUGGACAAACACCUGCCUCACGCUGGAGGAAGGAGCCCUGGCCAAGCGCUGAUAGAAAACCUCUGCAUGAAGGCUGUCAAUCAAUCCAUAGGAAGAGCUAUCCGUCACCGUGGCGACUAUUCCUCCAUGGUCCUGUGCGACAGACGGUACGCUCGACCUGCGACGCUCUCCAAACUUCCCACGUGGAUCAAAGAUCGCACCAGCACACAUGCGUCUUUUGGCCCUGCUUUUGCUGCUCUGCGGAAGUUCUUCCUGGAGAAGAAGCAGAAGCAGCUGUAGUUUCAAAAGACGAGACUAGAAGAAUGGAUUAGUCUUGCUCUGCGUUAGCGAACCCAAGAUUGUGCUUCCUUUAAAAAUGCUGUGAGAUAAUUAAAGGGCUGUGUAAUAAGUUCCUUAUCACAUGAUUGCCUCAGCUCUUUUAUGCUGCUUUAUGUUUACAUUCAUGAACAUUUUGAAGCCAAGGCACUUCUGACAGGAGUUCAAGGAUCAGUUAGGGGACAACUUUUCUGUUUUCAGUGCUUCACCCUUCUUUAUUUAACACGUUCAGCUUUCAUGUUUUGUCUUUUACUUGUGUUCUGAUCCGGCUUGCUAACAUCUCUGGUUUAGAGAAGUGAAGAUGAAUGCAGACAAAGGCCAAAGGAGGAAUUAAUCAGAUUGACUCAGAUGUAUCAGCCAUGUCUUCUAAUGCAGUCUGGAACAUGUUGAUGGCACCACGAAUGAUAAAUACUGAAGCGGCACUGGCGGAGGCAUCCGUGUGACUGAUUCACACUUGUGAUGUUAAAUAUUUAAAGGACUCGACACAAAAUGUUAUGUAAUGGAAAAAACCCCAAAACGUUUAUUUAAUGUAGACGUGUUAUUGAAAUGUUUAUUAAAAUAUGAUUUACAAUGAA